AUGGUUCCAUAUGCAUUGGUGAAGAUCGAACAAGGCAAAACAAUGAUAUCAGUAUUCAACACCACCAACACCCACCAGAAAAUUCAAGCUGGCGCAAAAUUAGGUGUGAUUCAAAAUCAUUUCGAAGAGAUUUGCUAUGCUGUCAAUCCAAGCCCUUCGUGUCCUACACGAUCAUUUUCGCAACAGCUGUCUCAUUUGACAUCUUCUCAACAAUUCUCAUCGAUCACUACAUCAGUUGAAAAAUUAAUUUCUCAUUUAUCUUCUUCUCAACAACGACAACUUAAACCAAUCCUUCUCAAGCAUGCCAAUGUUUUUGAUACAUCCAAACCAACAAUUGUGAACGUUGGAAUUCAGCAUAGAAUUCCAGUGAAGCCUCACCACCAUCCGACUCAAUCCCGAGCGUAUCGAAAAGCUCCAAAAGAACGUGAAAUUGAAUCAUUGCA